UGGAGAACGAGUGGAAAGAAUAAUGGAAAACCUAGACCAAGAGUUCGUCAGGAUGAGGCAGGCCCGCAGAAGGACAGUCAGUGACGCAUCGGCUGCGAGCACUAGCUUUGGGGGUGCAGUGGCAUUUCAGCUCCCUGCCCAAGCCAGUCAGGUUAACGUAAAUGAAGCAGUUGUCGACGGUGACCGUGAUGCAUUUCAGCUUGAUUCAGGAAUGCACAGUACAACAGGAGAACAUCAGAGCAAAAAGCGUCGCCUGUUCCUGAAGUCCCAGGCUCCAAAGGAAGACUGUGCACCAGCUUGGUUCCACGAAUAUGUGAACCGUAGAGAACGUCAGUGGGAGAGACGGCUAGCUCUAGAGGAGCAGAGACAUAAUCAGAUUGUUCAGCUACUCACCCAGAAGAAUGAACUCCUAGGAAAACUGACAGGGAUCUUGGAGAAAAUGGGUUCGCAGAGCAAUUUUGUGAAGAUUGCCCCCAAGCCUCCUGCUGUCAUUGCGAAUCCCAUCCGAGCCAGACGCAUUGUGUCCAGCAAUGGCACCACAAUGUUUGUGCCCAUUGCCCCUUCUGUCUCCAAUAAAGAUGCGACUCCCCAGGAAGACUCGCAGAAGGGGAGCACUUGAUGGAUUUUUUUUUUCGUUUUCUUUAAUUUGAGGUUAGAAGACAUAGAUAUUUAAUGACAAGAGGAGGAGGAAGUGAUCACUGAUAGGAAAUACACUGAGUUUUUAUGUGUAUUGACUAAUUAAUAUUAUGGCUGAGAUGUGUAUGCAAGUGAUUUGUCAUUUAAUUCAAGAGGUUAAGGAUAAGCCUUCAAGAUUGUUGUAAUAAUGAUAAAAGUGAAAAAGAUCAUAAUUUGUAUGAUAAGAGUUAGGUCAAUAAUUUGAAAGAACAUUUCUGUGGGGAAAAGGUGUGGCAUAUGUUCAAAUACAUGUGUAUCUUUGCACAUGUAUAUGAGUGAAUGAGUAAGUGAGUGAGUGAGAGUGGGAGUGAGAGUGAGAGUGAGAGUGAGAGUGAGAGUGAGAGUGAGAGUGAGAGUGAGAGUGAGAGUGAGGAGUGGAGA